AUGCUGGGCGAGCUGCCGAGGACGGCUGUUUUGGCCCGAGCAGGUGACACAGCUCAAUCCGUGUGGGAACGGUACCAUGCUGGGGAGGACACUUUUGAGCUCCUUGCGCUGCAAAGAGUGGCCUCGGGCGUUACCCGUGCGCAGCUUCUUCCACGCCAUGUCAACGGGGCCCUUGCCAGGCUGGCCCUGUGUUGUGACGGCAUCACGAUGCAGGAGCUCUUCGAACUAUGGAGGGCAUGGCAGCACGGUAGCUGGACAGCCUGCGGAGGAGUCGUGUGGAUCAACGACGAAUAUCGAAGAGCGGGUGCUGCCUUGCGAUGCAUCUUGGGCGCCGUGGAGGCUGAGGUGGAGCCGUCUGCGAGGAAUGCAGGCGAGGAGGCGACUUCUGCCCCUUCUGCGGCUCUUCCGACGAUGAGUUCUGAGUCAGUCCUGUCAGGGGAUGUCGAAGGGGUGGUCCAGGGAGGGUAUAAGGCACGGGAGAGUGCUGGAUCCAGAUCAUCUCCUUCUACAUCCUCAGCCCUGGCUCAACUAGGACUCGUGAUCGCUGCCGGUGCCAUGGCGAGCGGUAAGGGACGGUACGCUCUUGAGGCCGCAGGUGAAGCAAGCACCUGGGACCCAGAGCAAGCCGUGGAAGUGGCCACUAUGGAGAGGGCGUGGGAAGUGAGACAGCACUUCGGUCUAGCCGAUGAUUACGACCUCGCCUAUGCCUUCGAGAACUACCAGGACGCCAUGUCGGUGGGUUGGUGCGGGAGUGACCCGUAUGAGCUCAUCAGGUCCACGUCUUCAGCUUUUGCUCAAGACAGCGUAGGAGCGAGCGAGAAUCCCCAGGAACUUCACUCCCUCUUGGGUAAGACAUUGGUUUGUGAUUGUGCCGAGGAUGAACUUUGUGAGGCUGACGUUUUGGCAGGCACCGACAUUGGCUGGUUCCUCAGUGGUUCGGUGGACGCAAGAGGCGUCACGACUUUUCGGAAGCUCUGCCCAGCAGAGUGGUUUUCUGUUUUCCAGUUCCCUAUGAUUGAGGACCUCCUGAACCAACACCCCUUUAGCAGCUAUGUGCAAUGGCGCGAGGCGCAAGGGUUGGAGUGGGAUGGUCCCCUCAAUCCUUCAGGGGGGUCUGGAGUCACCAGGCUCAGGCAGCGGCACACUGAGGGCAAACAAGCAGGAAGCUUGAAUCAUCGAGCAGCACAGCCACCUCUCCUGCCGUUUGGGCUGGACCCGGAUGAACAUUUUGAGGCAGCCUGCACCAUAGGCCAAUAUCCUUUGCCGACGGAGAGAUCACCUGUCGCAGACACCGACCUCCAAUUUGCAGCGUGCAUGCAUGCCAGGGAAAAGGAUUCCUUGAGUUCGUGGAGGAGAAGGGCACUGGGCAUCUUGCGUGAGCUGAAGCGGAGAUGGGCACCAGUGACAGACGGGUUGCGAUCUUUGCAGACGACAUCAAUUGCAGGGGUGACCACCAAGAGGGACUUGGGGUUAACUGCAUUGCUGGUGGUGAUGACCCAGUGGGGAGACACCUGUUAUCCAUAUGGCCUCAUCACCGGUUUGCCUGCGGUUGGCACUGCACCCUGCUACAACAUCCGGCACAAUCUGGGCCUAGCACCCAUCAAAGAGAGACAGUAUGAGAAGGGCGUCGUCCUCACAACUCGGAUUUUAAAGAGUUUUGAAGUCAUCGAAGCGAUACUUCGGGACAAGCCUAAGACCCCUGUGGGGUCUCCUCAGAACUUGAAGUCUGCGCUGCAGAUGGGGUCUUUUUGCACAGAGGUCGUCCAUGGCGCCUUCAUCCUGGGAAUCCAAGAGCAGUCCGGCGACGCAGCGGUGGCGCUGAUGGAUGCGGGGCCCUUGGGGCAGCAGGUGCUGGCCAAUAUGAAGGGCACUGAGCUUCUGAUCGAAACGCUCAACUGGGGGUCCUUCGUGACCUACAUGGGCACGAUGACUUUCGAUCAACACGGCCGGCGGCAGAUUCAAUCCAGGUGA